AUGGCCUGCCCCCGGCGCUGCUCCCCCACCGCGCGGCUUCUGUUGGUGCUCGCGUUUGUAGUGACUCAGGCGAAGUGUGCAGAAGGAGCCCAGUGUGGGCAAGGGUACGGGCCCGACCCAUCUGGCAAGUGCGUCCGCUGCCAGGACAGAAACUGCCUGUGGUGCAACCAGGCAUCCUACACACGAUGCAACCAGUGUGGCUUUGGGUAUUAUCUGAUCCUCCAGACAGCAACGUGCACCGUGUGUCGGAACGGCUGUGCCAAUUGUGAGGUGUGCCCCACCUGUCCCGGCGGAGUCAAGUGCCUGCGCCGCUGCGCCAUCGCAAACUGUGACAUCUGCCCCAACACGCCCAACAAGUGCGCCUCGUGCGACACGGGUUACUACUUCAAGAACGGGCCCUGCAUCCCGUGCGAGCUGCUGAAAUGCGCCGACUGUGAGGCGUGUGCGGGCGGGACAGGCUGCAAGGACGGCAGGAAGUGCAUCAGGGCGUGCAAGGACAGGAACUGCGACGCCUGCGGGCCGCAAGGCCUGUGCAAUCAGUGCGGCUACGGGUUCUGGCUCGACCUGGUUACUCGCAAGUGCAGCCCUUGCGGCGACGUGAUGCCCGGCUGCGUCAGCUGUUUGGCAUGCACGACUGGAAACCCGGCUCAGUGCCAGAACAACAAGUAUUACUGCAGGAAGUGCAAGUCCGGCUACAGGCUAAGGAACGGCACGUGCCGCAGGAACAACAUCUGA